AGAGACAUUGUUCCAGAGCAUCAUUCUGAGGUGGAGUCCACUGACCCAGCUCUACUCUCAGAGGCACUGAGAUUUUGGAGAAAUAUCAUCGGGAUUAUUUGUGGUUGAUUCCACAUUGUAACAAUGCCAGACCUAGAGUUUUUUCACUGAAUGCUGUGAGCCCUGUGACUGAUAUCAUGUAGCAGUGUCCUAAAAAGUCCAAGAUUUCAGCCUCCCGUAAGCUGAUGCUAAAGAGUAUGAUGGUGGCUAAAGCUAAAGAGAUGCUGGAACAGGAGUUGAUGGACAAGGAGGAAGAGAAGGAGAGGUAUCUGGCAGAGAAGGCCCCUCCUGUUCAGACCAGCCGCCUGUCCUUUGACGAGCUGCAGGAACUGUGUCGGGAGCUACAUGCCAAGAUAGACAUGGUGGAUGAGGAGCGCUAUGACAUCGAGGCCAAAGUACUGCACAACACCAGAGAGAUUAAAGAUCUGAACAUAAAGGUGUUGGACCUGAGGGGGAAGUUCAAGCGCCCCAACCUGAGGAGGGUGAGGGUGUCAGCCGACGCCAUCUUGCGCUCUCUUUUGGGCUCCAAACACAAGGUGUCUCUGGACUUGAGAGCAAACCUCAAAUCAGUCAAGAAAGAGGACACAGAGAAGGAAAAGACAGUGGAGGUUAGCGACUGGAGGAAAAAUGUAGAGGCAAUGUCUGGAAUGGAAGGGCGUAAGAAGAUGUUUGAUGCUGCCAAGGGAUCUGUGCAGUGAACGUGUCAUCUGCAUGAACUAAGACUCAGGUGGGGGCAAAGCUGAUGUCUGUUCAUUCAAGCCAGUUGACAGAUCAUGCAAAUUAGUAGAAUUUUUAUGCAGUACAUGAUUCUAAAAUUAAUAUACAUGUAUUUCCAGCAUCUAUGAAGUCAGUAUGUGAGUUGCUCAAAGUAUUUGAAGUUCCUCCAGCUGUGUAGAGAGCUCAUUGCGGUGUUUCACAUAGACUAACCUGUCUGUCUGGUCUAACGGGACUUGGGACUCUCUGAACAAAAUGAGACUGACGCAAAUGUAUAUGUAAAAACCUUCAAUUUAAUUAGUUUUGACAAGGAAAUAUUACCACUGGUUUGUCAAUCCAUUUACAAUAUGUUUGACUGUGACCUCUUCAAUAAAAUAUUUUCUAUGAAAUA